AUGGCAUCCUCCCAACCCCCACAUGGCACCGCCUCCCCCCCAUCCCUCCACGACGACAACCCAAACUCAUCAACAGCCUCCCCUGUCCUCGAAGGCCGCGACUCGCCCAAUCUGCCGCUGACCAUGACCGCCUCCACGGUUUUGAUGACGCUCCCGCGGGACGCCACCGCCGCCCUCGCCGAAGCCGGGACCUUUGACCAAGAAAAGGUGGUGAUACGUUUCAAGCCGGUCGGGUCGGCGCCCGCGCUCCGGAGAGAGCAAGUCAAAGUGCUGAGCACGCACUCGUUCGAGACGGUGGUGGCGUACCUGCGGAAGACGCUGAAGGUGCAGGAGACGGAGAGCGUGUUUCUGUAUGUGAAUAGCGUGUUUGCGCCGGCGUUGGAUGAGGUGGUGGGGAACUUGUGGAGGUGCUUUAAGGAUUCUACGAACCAGUUGAAUGUUUCGUAUUCGAUGACGCCGUCUUUUGGGUGA